CCAAUGCUGCUGCCUACUACAUUUAUGUCUCCCCGCCCCUCUUCUGCCCUUGACAGACUACGAUUGACCACCAUGGCGAAAAAUCAUCUGUUUACUAUCGGUUGGAUCUCUCCUCUUCCUCUAGAAAGAGAGGCGGCAAGGCUUGCGCUCGACGAAGAAUAUUCGCAGGAGGAGGUUCAAUACCAAAAUGUCUUCUAUCUAGGCGGUAGAAUUGACCAACAUAACGUGGUUAUUGGCGUACAAAGGAAAACAGGGCUCAGUCAGGCUGCAAUACUCGCCGAGAAAAUGCGCGCUGGGUUUCCCAACAUCAAAUACAUGCUCCUGGUCGGCAUUGCUGGCGGCGUACCACGCUACGGACCAGCUGGUGCCGUCUCGGAGAUUGUGCUUGGGGACGUGGUCGUCAGCUCUCCGCGAGGAAAUCAUGGUGGGGUUUUGCAGUAUGACAAAGGUGCAUGGAAAGAUCCCGGAAGGCUGAACUAUCGCGGGCACACGAAUGGUAUUCCUGGAGAUCUUAUGGCCGCUGUCAACAACUUCCGCGCAGAAGGCCGGUCCAAGACGAACAUCCCAGAAGUCUUAAAGCAGAUGAGGCUUAAGCUUGACGACAAGCGACGGCACCAAUAUGACGACCCAGGGCCUAGCCGUGACAGGCUCUUCGAAGAUACGUACAAGCACCAAGGCACAGAGCUUGACGAUUGCAAAGACUGCUGCGAUGCGGACCACACCAUUUCGCGUUCUGAUCGUGGGGAUAGAGCCACUCGGUUGCUCGACGAGCCUUCCGUUCAUUUCGGGAAUAUUGCAUCGAGCAACCAGCUGCAAAUAUCUGCCUUGGAGCGAAACAGAGUCCAACAAGAGCAUGAAGCCAUCUGCUUUGAGAUGGAAGCAGCAGGCGUUAUGGAAGAGCAUCCGUGCGUGGUCGUUCGCGGUAUUUGCGACUAUGCGGACUCCCACAAGAACAAGGGCUGGCAGAACUAUGCGGCAGCUACGGCGGCAGCAUAUGCGAAAGGGCUGUUGUCCAUGAUUCCAGCCAUAGACGUUGCAGAAUUAUCCGUGCCGCAGGCCGCAGCACACCCCGAAAUAAUGCAAGGAAGGGGAGUUUCGAUUACUCAAGGCGGCUCAACAUUCACCGGACAGACUACAAUCAGCGGAGGGUCGGUUUUUCAGGGAAACUACAUAAGACGUGGGGAUAUAUUGUGA